UUUUUCGUUCCUCUACUCCCUCUCCCCCACCCGCCCCUCCCUCCCUCUUUCCCUCCCCUCCCUCCCUCCCCUGUCGCCUGGGUUUGUGCGCUGGGGCGCCGGAGCCCCUCCGCAGCCGGGACGCGCGGAACUCGAGGCUGGAGUCGGCUCUCCCGAGCCUCCUCCCUCCCUUCUCCUUUCCUGCCCCCUUCCCCCACCCCCCGACUAGGGCUCGGAGCGGCGGCCAGAGGAACCCCGAGCCCAGGCCCCUGAGCGGGAGGGAUGGAGAACUCCUCAGCAGCGUCGGCCUCCUCCGAGGCCGGGAGCAGCCGCUCCCAGGAGAUCGAGGAGCUUGAGCGGUUCAUCGACAGCUACGUGCUUGAGUACCAGGUGCAGGGGCUGCUGGCCGACAAGACGGAGGGGGACGGCGAGAGUGAGAAGACGCAGUCCCACAUCUCCCAGUGGACGGCGGACUGCAGUGAUCAGCUGGACUGCAGCUACUCCUUCUCCCGAGGGCGAGCCCCCCUGCAGCAGAAUGGCAGCAAAGACACCUCUCUGGACAUGCUGGGCACAGAUAUCUGGGCUGCCAACACCUUUGAUUCCUUCAGUGGUGCCACCUGGGACCUGCAGCCUGAAAAGCUGGACUUCACCCAGUUCCACCGGAAGCUCCGACACACGCCCAAGCAGCCCCUGCCACACAUCGACCGUGAAGGGUGUGGAAAAGGGAAGCUGGAAGAUGGGGAUGGAAUCAACCUGAAUGACAUCGAGAAGGUCCUCCCGGCCUGGCAGGGCUACCACCCGAUGCCCCAUGAGGUGGAGAUUGCGCACACGAAGAAGCUGUUCCGGAGGAGAAGAAAUGACCGAAGGCGGCAGCAGAGACCCCCAGGAGGGAACAAGCCUCAACAGCAUGGUGACCACCCACCGGGCAGUGCCAAACACAACAGGGACCACCAGAAAUCCUACCAGGGGGGCUCAGUGCCCCACCCCUCAGGGAGGUCCACCCAUCACGGCUACAGCCAGAACCGGCGCUGGCAUCACAGCAACAUGAAGCAUCCACCAGGCGACAAGGGGGAGGCAGGCGCCCACCGCAGUGCCAAAGAGACCGUGACCAUGGAGAGCCCCAAACUCGAGGACGCCCUGGGGGAUGCCGGGCACAGCGGCCUCGAGCCCCCCUGCAGCCCUGAUGCCCUGGCCACAGUGGCUUCCGAGAGGCUGCCCCUGCUGCAGCCAGGAGGUCCAGAGGCUGAGACAAAGCGUAAAGACAGUAUUAUUCCCGAGCGCAGCGGGGAGCGGCCCAAAGUUACCCUGCUCCAGUCUUCCAAAGACAGGCUGCGGCGAAGGCUGAAAGAAAAGGUACCGGAUGAAGUGGCCGUGGAGACCACCAACCCUCAGCAGAACAAGAUGGACAAGUUGAUUGAGAUCCUGAACAGCAUGAGAAACAACAGCAGCGACGUGGAUGCCAAGCUCACCACCUUCAUGGAGGAGGCCCAGAACUCGACCAACUCCGAGGAGAUGCUGGGGGAGAUCGUCCGCACCAUCUACCAGAAGGCCGUGUCCGACCGCAGCUUUGCUUUCACGGCCGCCAAGCUCUGCGACAAGAUGGCGCUCUUCAUGGUGGAGGGGACCAAGUUCCGGAGCCUGCUUCUCAACAUGCUUCAGAAGGACUUCACAGUGCGGGAGGAGCUGCAGCAGCAGGAUGUGGAGCGCUGGUUGGGCUUCAUCACCUUCCUGUGCGAGGUCUUCGGCACCAUGCGCAGCAGCACGGGCGAGCCCUUCCGCGUGCUCGUCUGCCCCAUCUACACCUGUCUCAGGGAGCUCUUGCAAUCUCAGGAUGUGAAGGAAGAUGCCGUCCUGUGCUGCUCAAUGGAGGUAAGCAGCGUGGCUUAGACACCUCCCACCUCAGACCCUGUGCGUCCCUCUCGCCUUAACAGUUAUGGGGGCUCAAGGACCACUGGAGGCAUCCACGGGUCCAGGGCGUGUCGAGCGGGGCUGGUGGCGGACGGCUUCCUGAGUGGAUGUGGACUUCUGCUGGAGGAGAGGGAACUGCCGGCUCUCUGGCGGGAAGGAUGGAGGGCUAGCAUCGUCCACUCUCCCUCUGCCCCCAAGACCACCUCCUCCUCGGCCAGGUGCACCACAUAAAUGACUUAGGAGAUUUUAGGUGAUGCCCUGCCCCCACAUAUCUCCUUUGGCUUCAGUGGUGUGGGGUUUGGGGGGAGGUGCUGAGGCUUGAACCCCCAGGUCAGCACUGUCCACUUCCAAGCAGCCCCCAUGAGGUCCCACUCCUGUUCCCAAGGUGUGGCCUCUGCUCUCCGGGAUCUUCCUUCAGACACUUGGCUUUGGCCCAGUUACAGGGACAAAGCUGUACCUUCAGAAAACAGUCCAAGGGGAAUCCCUGGUGGCCCAGUGGUUAGGACUCCGCGCUUCCUCUGCUGAGGGCACGGGUUCGAUCCCUGGUCGAGGAACUAAGAUCCUGCAAGCCGCACGGCGUGGCCAAAAAAAAAAAAAAGAAAA